AGCCUGUAGCGCGAACACACCGUCGCUGCUUGGCUCCAAGAGCUCCAACUAAAACGCUCACUGCAACCAUUGACUUCAACAUUAUCUUUUCCACUCGACUUUAGCACGGUUUGCCCUUCGACUCGCUAGCGGCACCGAGCCCUCCUCCACAACUGCGUUAUCCGAUGUUUGAUUGGAUUACAGCGGGUUAGCCUUUGCCCUCUAACCUUGGUUGCUGAAAUUUGGCUAGCUGCUUCCUGCUCCCCUCCCCGGAGGACCGAGGACCCAGCGGCGAAGCGCCAUUCGCGGUUACGACAAACCGGGACGAGCCGCCGCCGUCACCAUCACUAUCACGAGAAGCCCGAGCAGAGCCACCGAGUACUCGGCAGGCGGAAGAGGCGAGGAGACAACCAUGCGGAGGAAAUCGAGGAUAUUGUUAUGUUUUGCGGUACUGUGGGUGCUGGGGAUAGCCUACUACUUCUACUCGGGGACGUCGUUGGGGCGAAAGGAUGACUGGGACUCAAGUGACUCCUCCGGCCGAAACAAAGCUCAGAACUCUGACGACAAGACUCACGGUCUGGAGGUUCUGCCGCCCGGUAAGGUCCGUUGGCAGGACUUCGACCAGGAUCUGUAUGUUGGAGCAACAGUGGUUCGACCAGGUCAGGACCCAUAUGCCAGAAACAAGUUCAAUCAGGUGGAGAGUGAUAAACUCCGUAUGGACAGAGCUGUGCCCGAUACCAGACAUGACCAUUGCAGACAUAAGCAAUGGAAGUCAGACCUGCCAGCUUCGAGCGUGGUCAUCACCUUCCACAAUGAAGCACGCUCCGCUCUGCUGCGCACCAUUGUCAGCGUCUUGAAGAAAAGUCCAGCUCACUUGGUCAAAGAGAUCAUCUUGGUUGAUGACUACAGUGAUAAUCCAGAGGAUGGAGCGCUGCUGGGCAAGAUCGAGAAAGUCCGCGUGCUGCGAAACGACCGCAGAGAAGGACUGAUGCGCUCGAGGGUUCGUGGUGCAGAUGCUGCCACGGCGCCCGUCCUCACCUUCUUAGACUCCCACUGUGAAUGUAAUGACCACUGGCUUGAGCCGCUCCUGGAGAGAGUAGCUGAGGAUAAGACCAGAGUGGUUUCUCCCAUAAUUGAUGUCAUCAACAUGGACAACUUCCAGUAUGUAGGAGCUUCGGCUGAUCUCAAAGGAGGUUUCGACUGGAAUUUGGUGUUUAAAUGGGAUUACAUGACUCUUGACCAGAGACGAGCAAGACAGAGCAACCCCAUCGCCCCCAUAAAGACUCCCAUGAUAGCAGGAGGUCUGUUUGUCAUGGAUAAGGAAUACUUUGAGCUUUUGGGGAAAUAUGACAUGAUGAUGGAUGUUUGGGGAGGAGAAAACCUGGAGAUCUCAUUUCGUGUGUGGCAAUGCGGCGGAAGUCUGGAAAUCAUCCCGUGCAGCCGAGUCGGACAUGUCUUCAGGAAACAACAUCCCUAUACCUUCCCUGGUGGCAGCGGCACUGUCUUUGCAAGGAACACCAGGAGAGCUGCUGAGGUGUGGAUGGACGAGUUUAAAAACUUCUACUACGCCGCCGUUCCCUCGGCGAGAAAUGUGCCGUAUGGAAAUAUCCAGAGUCGUUUGGAUAUGAAGAAGCGCUUAGCCUGUAAGCCCUUUAAAUGGUACCUGGAGAAUGUCUACCCUGAGCUGCGCGUACCAGACCACCAGGACAUCGCCUUCGGAGCCUUACAGCAGGGAGGAAACUGCCUUGACACACUGGGACAUUUUGCUGAUGGUGUGGUGGGCGUUUACGAGUGCCACAAUGCCGGCGGAAACCAGGUAGCGUUACCACGGCAACACACGCAGGAAUGGGCCCUGACUAAGGAUAAGUCAGUCAAACACAUGGAUUUGUGUCUGACUGUGGUGGAGAGAACGGCCGGCUCCCUCAUCAAACUGCAGGGCUGUCGAGACAAUGACACCAGACAGAAGUGGGAGCAGAUUGAGUCCAACUCGAAGCUCCGUCACGUGGGGAGUAACCUGUGUCUGGACAGCCGCAGUGCCCGCAUGGGCGGUCUCACUGUGGAAGGGUGCAGCCCCAACCUGAGCCAGCAGUGGAAGUUCACCCUGAAUUUACAAUCCUAGGGGACAACAGACAUCAUGCUCUGCUAAGAACAUUACGCACCGACUGACUUUAAGAAGUAGAAGCUGUCAACUGGAGGAGAAAGACAAACAUGAUGGAUUAAUGGGUCCAUCUUGCUCCUCCGCAGGCUUCUGAGGUCAUUUCAACACCACCACUCCCCCCCUCCAACAUACAGACUGGCGGAGGGCCUUGUAGAACUUAAACAGGAAAGUGACAAUAUUUAGUGGGAGGACCAGUGCUGGUGACGCUGAUGAGGGGGAUAAAAGUGAUGAAGGCGGCUUUCCAUCCAAAUACCACAUACCUCAGUGUUUUUCUCAUUGACGGUCCGGGAGGCAAAAUAACGUGGGAAUUCUUUGAGUCGUUUUCUUGAAUCUUGGUAAAAUUGAACUCUUUUGUGUUUUUAUUUUGUAAUUAUUUUCUUUUGAAUAUUUUAAUUCCUGUUAAUUAGCGGAGGUUUGAAGGAGGGUUUUUGUUUUUUGUUUGGUUUGUUUUUAAGAACUUUUCCAAAACAAAAAUGAGCCUUUCCGAACCGAGCCAGAACUGUUGAAUUGGAGGAAAACAACUUUUGAGUUGUUUUUCCCCCUUGUGUUGAAUCUCAUCGGUUUACAGGAUCGGCAGAGAUGAGGUGGAGAAAAAUAACAUUUUCUACUAAUCUUUAUCCCCCCCACAAAAGUUGAAGCGGAGAUUUCCCACACCAGGCAGCGAAGCUCUGGGGGAAUUCUCGGAGAACAUAGAGUACCACAUUGAGGAGUUGUGCUCUCUCCUCAGGCUGUAGCACUGGCUGCUGCACUUUAGCAUUCUUCUUUUUGUCUUUAAAGCGACAACACACACCACAAAGCUCUUAGCAGCCAUUUUUUUGUUUGUUUGUGUACUUAUUUCUCUCUUAAGCAAAUUGAAAAAAACCUGCAAGGACAAUGAACUCUAGAAGAUUGAUGUCUUUUCUUUACUCUUGCUGCUUUUCAGCUACUCCCUUGGGAGUGCCUCAGUUUUAUACAACUUCUGUUUGCUUUGUGAUUUUAUUUUGCUCAGCACAUUGAACUGAAUUUGUGUUAUUUACUGUUGCAGCGGUUUCUCUCUAGAGGUAACAGGAAUAAAUAGUGGAACUUCUAUUAUCACCACCAACUCCUAUUAAUUUCUCUGUUAUACUGUAGCGCUGAUGUGAAGCACCACACUUGGUAGCAUGUGUUUGUGCAAUUUAUUUAUUGUAUCCCACUGUGGGCACUCAUUCGGAGUCACAUCCACCGCUCCAUACAGUACAUAUUAAGGGAAAGGAACACAGGUUAUGUUAUUUGGAUCGUGUUCAGAUUGUGCAUGUUUGCCACAGAACUGUCGUUCUCAAGAUGGUACAAACAUUGAAUUUCAUUUUUGAUUACAUAAUGACAUAGUUAUUCAGUGUCAUUCAAAAGAAUGUUAAGAUUUAUUUGGCCUGAAUGUAAUUUUUUUUUAGCAAUUUUUUGUGCUAGAUAUUAUUGCUGUCCAAUGACAUCUGAAAGGAUUCAAUUAAGAACACAAACAACGUUGGCAAGAAAAGCAAACACAACUAUAAUAUACUGUAUGUGUGUUUAAGGUUUUCCAAUUUUUUUGUGGACUUGUCCAGAACAUCUUCAACUGAACGUGGCCAUUUGUGUUCCUCUCAACUUGUAACAAUGUAUAACGAGUUUCCGCAAAGCACACCAUGUCAUCAGUGUAUUUAAUUUUUACAUUUAAAUAUUGUAUUGUUAAAGGGAAGAUUUUGCAAUUUAUCAGGAAAAAAAAUCACUUUGAGUCAUAUUUGUUCAAACUAAUUAGGACUUUACGGGAGUACAUUAUAAAUGUAAUCUAUGAACAAAUAAGCAGUCUCUGGCUGCAUCCUGUGCUUCUUAUUUAAUAUAUAAGAAAUCACCGCUCCUGAGGAAAAACAACCAAUCAGAGACAAGCCGUGACCUUUGAGAUGUCACUCAUUUGUCACUCGCUCAUGGGCAUACUACGCAAACAUCCUCACGCUGACUUGUGACUUUGUUAACCCAGAAAAACACCAUAUUCCUAAUUGUAACCCUAAAUGUUAGGUUUAAAGUUUUUGCGGGUAUGUGCCCGCGAUGUGUGCGCCGACGGGUGUGUAACAAACGAUUGACACCGAAGUCGCACCUCCUGUCUCUGAUUAGUUGUUUUUCCUCAUGAACUGUGGUUUCUUGUUAGACACAAAAUAGGACCAGAAAUUAUUCAUAGAUCUUAUUUAUCAUGUACUACUGUCAAGUCAUAAUGACUGUUUUGCCAAAUAUGUCCAAAAAAAUACAAACUCUAUUUAAUUAAUAAUUGAUUUAGCCUCGUGAUUUUGUGCUGCACACAUCUGAUGCAGUUCACCAGGAAAUAUUGCCUUGUCAAUCAUCUGUCAAAUCAUGACAGUUGCUUCAUAAAACAAAAGUGAUCUCACCGUGUGUCUCCAAUACAAAAUGGAGGAGGUGUGGUCGACUGUGAAGGGUCGUUGCACUGUUGGAUGGAGAUGCUCAUUGUAAACAUAAAACAUGUUUUUAUUGGUUAUAAAGCUUUACACUUAGUGCAUGCAGGAGAACACGUUUGAAUCUCAUGUAAAAAUCAUAAAGUGGACUUUCGAGGUUGUCCUUGGACAGCAAUGCUAGCAUAUCAAACAAUUGAAUGACGAUCGGGGGGAAACAUUGUGGUCUUCUAUGAUCAUGCAUUUCUAGUUCUUACUCAGCAUUUUUGGGGAGUGUUAUGCAACAAAGGAUUUGGUAGCACAGGCAAAACAUAUCUGACCUAUACUGAAGACUUAAAUAUGGGGAAUAAAUAUUAUUUUUUUUAAUGAAUUCAUUCUAACACAGUCCAUAUUAACUGUUAAUGAUCAAUUAAGGAAUUCAAGAAAAAAAGCUUUUCCCCAUACUAGAGAGAAACUGCAGCCUAUAUCUAUAUCUAUAUAUAUAUAUAUAUAUAUUAUUUUUUUUAAUAUUCAAUUUUUUUCCAGCUUUCCCUCCACCUCUUCUCAUGGUAUUUAAAGUGUUUUUUUUUAUUUUUUAUUUUUUAUUUUUUUCUUUCUUUCUUUCCUUCUUCUACUGUAUGUCUAUGCCUUUGUCUUAAACCCAAGUUGAGGUGACCAUGCUGACACUGCAGCUGCUUGCAGAGCCUAUCCUGCCACUUGAUAGGCUUCUGUGCUGGGCUGCCAGCACCCAUGGGUGCCGGGGCAGGUACAGAACGGGACUGGCUCGGUUGUGAGGAGAGCUUUGUUACCACGGUGACUGUACUGUACUCAGAUGGCCCCAAUGUGCGUGAGUUAGGAGGUUUAACUUUUUUUUUGGGGGGGGGGGGGUCCAUUGUGGUUGGAAAAUGCAAAAGAAAGUUACAUUAGUAUUAUUUUAUCUGAAUAUUUGUAUCUUUAGAAUGUUUUAGAACAUCAGUCAGCAUUUUAGAUUAACAAACAAAGUUUGAUCAAGUAUGAGCAACACUCAAAAGAAGUCACUCUGUUCAUAAUUGUCAUGGCAACCACCCGCUCAAUAUAGUGGAAAUUCUACAAUAAAAAUUAUUAGUAGUUUUAGUAUUUAUCAUGCUGCCAUGUUUUUAGCAUUGUGCAGAUUUCCUCAAAUCACAUUUGUUAGGCAUUGUAUAGAUUUGUCCUUCCUGAAGAAGAGAAAAUGUUUCUAUGGUGUACAGGUCUCUCUCCUGCCACACAAUAGCAACUAGAGGUUCUAAAAAUGACGUUUUCUGUGCUAAAAAGAAAAGAUCCCUUCAUGUUGGGGAACCUGCAGCCCGUGGGCCUAGGAAAGCCCACAAGAGGAUUUGAUCCGUUCCCUCGUGCAAUUCUAAAAACAAAUAAAAGCGCAGAGAAACAGCCCAAUUGCCCACUGAAUGCUAUGAUUCAUUAAAAAAAAUUGUUUGAUUGCUUUAAAAUCAGUGUGGCUUUCAAACCUGAAAUCGUCCCUCACAAGAAAAAAGUUCUUACCCAUGUACUGGUACUAAACCGAUGAUGCACCACCAAAGACUUUCAGGUUUCAUUAUUAAAAGCUGUUGCUUUUAUGAUCUGUUGCCGGCACAUAUCUGAGUUACCAAGGCAACAGUCUGCUAUCUUUAUAAACCAGAACCGUUUAACCCAAUGCCAUUUUUCAUUUUCAACAAAUGAUUAAGUAUCCCAACCCAAUCCCAUUGAUUGGCUGAUUAAAUGUUUACAUCUUUAGCACAUCGUGCCAAAGUUUCUUCCUGUUUUUUUCUGUAUGAGUCUGAAUGAAUGAAACAGUAUAACAGGAUGAGUUUUCCACAGGGUAUGAACCUCUCAGCUUCCUGAUUUAAUGUCUUAACAUUUGUGACAAAAACAUCCAAAGCACGCAUCAUAGUUUUAAAGUGAUGAGUGACUGAAUGCAAUUGAGUGAACAUGAGAAAGGAGGUGCAAAAAUAAAUUUUCGGGUUCAGUUAUGUCAUAUUUAUUUCCCUAAUUAUAGUUAAUCCUAAUUAUUAGAUUAGCAUCCAUUUUAGUUUACCAGCCCUUCGAUAGUAAAGUAUUACCUGGGUAAUAAUGACUUAAGGAUAUGAACUUUAUGCUUGAAGCUGUGUUGUCCCGUUUGUAAAAGUGUAUAUUUUUGUAAAUACUUACAUCCUAAUGUGUGUACAUUAUGUACAUAUAUGAACAGUGUACCCAGCCCCAGAUUGCUAAAAGGUUUUGUUUUUGUCACACUCUACAGUGCUUCUAACUGUUCCCACUUUUAUAGACAUUGCAAACUUUGAAUGAAGAGAAAUGAUUAACUUAAAUAAAUGCAUUUAUAUACAAAGAUUUAACAGAGUAUUUUGGUAUGCUUGCCUGUUAUAAUAGUGUUAAUGGUCCCUUUUGCAUGAAUCAAUAACAGACUUAUUUUACUUACACCCUCCUUGUGCCUUCCAUGUUUUAUAACACCAAAAUAUUUCAUAAUAAUGUAUCCCAUUUCCAUAAAGUCAAAUGUUAAUUCUGGAUGCGUCCCAAAUUGUUGAAAUUCCACUGAUUUGCAGACUUAUACCCUGCUUAAAAAUACAUAUUCAUAUUGGAUGCAAUGUUAUUUUUGUAUUGAUUUAGCUUGUUAACCAAAUCUAGUCUCAAGUACAAUAUUCCGAGUGUUCUAAUGUUAUCUGUGGAGUCCAGCAGGGAUCGGCACUCUGCCUUUUACUGUUCAGGAUUUAUAUAUGCUGCUACUUGGAGAUAUUCAACUAUGACAUUAACUUUCACUGUUAGUGAUACUCAACUGUAAAUGCCUUAAGAACUAACCAACCGAGACAAUUGCUGUCAUCUGGAGGCAUGUCUUUGUGAGAUUAAAAAAUGGAUGUCUUGUAACUUGCUUCUUAACCUUGAGAAAGCAGCGAUGCUGCUUAUUGGUCCUUCCAGACACAUGCACCUGUUUAAGGACAUCAGUCUGUGUUUUGACAGACGUACCGAUACCCAAAGUGAAUCGGGAAAAAAAAUCUGUGAGUUAUAUUUGACAAAACUUCUCCCCAUUAAACAAUAUAUUAGGAUCAGUUCGAACUGCAUUUUCCUC